CGCCAAGUUCCAACAGCCCCCAGUCGAGCGAGCGCCGGGAACGAGCACCACCCGGGCAGCGCACGCCGCACAAAGCCAGCUGGCGGCACAUUGGAGCGGCUCCGGAGAAACUCACGGCCCGGGCACUUUGGAAAGGAGACCGCGAGGAGCCGCGCACCAGAGGAACGCUGAGCCCGGCACCUGUUCCUCAGCGCCACCGCCGUCCCCACCCCUCGGAUCCUCACCUUCCAGGCGCCCGCGGACUCCCGGGAUGAAUUCGGUGCUGGGCAACCAGACCGACGUGGCGGGCCUGUUUCUGGCCAACAGCAGCGAGGCGCUGGAGCGCGUGGUGCGCUGCUGCACCCAGGCGUCGGUGGUGACAGACGACGGCUUCGCCGAGGGCGGCCCGGACGAGCGCAGCCUGUACAUCAUGCGCGUGGUGCAGAUCGCCGUCAUGUGCGUGCUCUCGCUCACCGUGGUCUUUGGCAUCUUCUUCCUCGGCUGCAACCUGCUCAUCAAGUCCGAGGGCAUGAUCAACUUCCUGGUGAAGGACCGGAGGCCGUCGAAAGAGGUCGAGUCAGUGGUCGUGGGGCCCUACUAAGUGACCCUCGGAUCCCCGCGGCGGGCGCCCGGGAGUCUACACUACUUCGCCAGCCCCUGUGCGCCCCUCACCAUCACCAACCGGGCGAAACAGACCUGUUGGAGUCAGUUCUUUCUCUCGACUUCUGCCUUUCGGGAAUAAACGACCCAUUUCUGCCCGCCAGUGAAGGUCCUGAGCUAGACUGCAGAGGAGCGCCCAGACUGUGGGACUCAGCAGCAGGUGGUAAAAGAGGGCAAUUAGGGCGCACAACUUGUGGAGCUGCUGCGUACAUGGGAUGCGGGGAGACGGACCCGGCCAGGGCCUUUUCCACCUGCAGGUGGGCCGAGCAAUGGGGGACAACUGGCGAGGGCGGGCAGGGGGGAGAUCCAGCGGCCACCGGUAGCCGGGUGACCGGAAAAGUGACCUGUUUAUACACCAUGCUGCAGACCUAAUGAGGACACAGAUGCAUGUGCAGAUUCGCGCCCUGGUGGGGAGAGUGGAUACCUUUAAUAGAUUGUAACGCGUCUUUUUAAGGGAUUUUGUGUUAAUUUGCUUGAAUACAGAUAUUUGUUAAGUCUUUUCAGCCCUAAGUGGUCUGUUUGCCUGCCUGCCGGUUAGAGAUUUUGUCAUCCUGGGAGAAGGGGUGGGGGGAGGGAGAGCCUGAGAAUGUGAAUGGGGUAAGUUCUUUAUUUUAGUGCAUUUCUAACUGGCUCUUUUUUGGCGGGGGGGGCGGGGGGGGGAGUCUAGAGCUCCAGCUAAGCUGGGACAAAGACCCAUAGUAGAAUUCCUAGCUCGUGUCUGCUCGGUUUACGCCACGAAAGUGCUCUUGAUAUCAGUGACACCGUUUUGACUUUUUCCCCCUUAUUUAACAUUUCCUGAAUAAAUGCAAUAUUUAAGUGA